UGCGCAAUCGGUUCCACUGCAGGAAUGUACGGAGCAAAUGAUAAUCCCCACUGGAAACCGAGUAUAAAGGUUUUUUUAAGAUAUAAUGUAAUAUAAUCGAAUAUAUAAUUUUUGGAAAUCUAAAUGAAAUGUGUACAGCUGCAUACAGCUGUGCGCUUCAGACUGCUUCCGAGACUCGGCGUCACCAUGGAAGCGGUUGGUUUGUGACACGCUGCGCCAUUUUGAUUCCAAACACACCACCGGGAGCGUCGCGGAAAAAGAAAAGAGCAGAGCCGCGGUGGACCUUAAAUAAAGCUGCAAACAAGACCCCGAGCCUCAAUACCUCGAGUCUGGAGUUCAACAGGACAAAAAACUAAGCUCGGUGUAAUUCAUUAGCGAGGCGUGGGAGUGGGAGAGUGUGUGUUGUGUUCGUGCAUGUCCAGGUUAGACAUGGUGGAAAGUGGACAUAGAUUGUCUGCUUGUCCUGCAAGAAAGGUUCUGGUAGGGACUUAAGGACAACGCGAGCCAAAUUCUUGCCUUAAAAGAAAUGUUUAGCCAGUUUAUUUCUCUUGUCUUCUCCUGUCUUGGUCCUGGAGAGUCUUAAAGGUAACACCAGUAAAUAACUAGUUCUAGCAGAAUCCUUCAGUGCCUUGACUAUCGGUUUUGUAGAGCUUCAUGAUCUGGCUAAAAAAUAUAAAUAAAUAAAGUUACAGGUUGUUUAGACCAGUAUGUUUACUUGUUUGGCCACAACUCAUGGCAGAACGUCAGUAAAAUGUUGUCUUGGUGAAGUUCCUGCAGUCCAUCCUGAGCAGAAUUUGUUCAGGUUUUUAAUAAAUUCUUGAGACCUUUUCGUUAUCGAGAUGAGCUUCGUGAAAUCUCGACAAAUCUGUGGCAGCUUAACCCGCAGGCUGUGGGCAAAACCCUGACGAGCGGGCGUCAACGAUGAUUUAUGGAUUGAUCCCUCCGGAGUUACACGAGCAGCUCCUCGACCAUGAGAACUACCAGAAUCGAACGAAUGGGGUCGAAGAGCUGAAAACCCUCCUGUCCGAGCUGGACAUGAAAACGGUGUCCUUUGACAGUAUUGCGGAGUUCAUCUGCUUUUUACACCAGCUCCUGGACGACACCAACUUCAAAGUCUUGUAUGGCACUCUACAGGUCCUGAACCUCCUCGUUCAAAGGCUGGACUACGACGUGGACCGGUAUUACAAGCAGAUCGUCCAGGUGGCCCUCAAAACCCUGGGGGACACGCUGACCGUGCUACGCAACGAAUACAUGAACGUUUUCCGGCAGCUCAUGAGGAUCGUCGGGCCGCAGAAAGUUCUCGAUCUCGUGACCGGCCACCUAAAGCACAAAAACUCAAGAGUCAGAGAAGAUGUUCUCAAUAUCAUUACGGCGGCCAUGCUGGCACACCCCAGGAAGGACUUCAACAUCCCGCACCUUUGUUUUUUGGUGGCUCCUUGUUUGGCGGACAGCAAGAAGAGGGUUCGUCACGCGGCCCUUGAGCUCUUCGCUGUUUUUGAUUACUGCCUGGACACGGGCAAGAAGCAGCCAAUCACGAAGGCUAUAGACCGUGUAGAGCUCACCGGUGAAGCCGAGGGUCUCAUGGCCGCCGUACAGGCACGGAGGGCCAGGCACAUCCUCCCUCGGCUAUCUGCGGACGGUACGGUGGAAUACGCGCUGGUCAUCCCCAAACCUGGCCAGCGGCGCACUCCACAGUUCGGUUCUGGGGCCGAUCUGGAGUGGAUUCUAAACGGAGGGAGAGCGAACAGCGCGAGGAGUCACAGGACCGACGCGAUUUCCGAAGGGCUGAGCGCCUACAACAGUCUCGGAUCGCUGGCGGACGAGACGCCUUCGCAAAGGAGGAUCGUGAGUGCUGGUAAAAACAAGCUGCCAUGGGAGAGGUCAAGCCUUCCGUCUGCAGGAACUCAGGAACCCUGCAGUGCGGUGAAUGGAAAGAUGUCCGAUAAGUCAAGCCUUGAUGAUCCCACUACCUCCAUGAGGCUGAAUCAGGAAACCUGUGUUACCCAUUCUGGAUUAACAGAACCACUUCAGUCACGCUCCUCGAGUCGGCGCAGAGAAACCACAGUCCGACUUCGUCGAAGCGGCAGCUUAGACUCGAACCCGGACAUUUUUAUAGCAGCCAGUUCCAGCGAUGCUGACAGAGUUGUUCCCAGGACGGGUCGGCUGCCAGUGUCUGGGAACGCCAAUGUGGAGCGUACUUUUUCUCUUCCGUCCAAUUCCACUCCCCCUGGCUCCUUUCUGCUGCCCUCCUACCCCCUCGCCACUCUUCCAGGGGUACAAUUAACGCCCACACUGUCUCGUAGAAGCCAUGCUGACUCUGCACUCUCGAUGUCCAACACAUGGCCGAACAUUCGGGAGAUGAGCCCACUACACGGUGAUCCCAGUCCAUGGAGGAACAAUAACGGUGAUGCUGGCUCCACCAGGUGUUCUCCAAAGCACGCGUCUCGGACCGCGUCCUCCUCAUCGUUCGCUCAGGCUAUGAACGCAGUCAGGCGUUCUCCACCCGUCUCUCCAGUCACGCAGCUGUCUGCGCAGGACGCAGCCAAGCCGAGAGAUCAGCGUAGCAGGAAUCUCCACCUCGACCUGACGUCCAUGAGCCUGCAGGAACCUGAUGAAGAGCCGGUGGACAAGGAAGAGAUGAUGAACUCUCUACGCUCGUUGCGUAACAGCGCAGCUAAGAAGCGGGCAAAGGUGAGCAUGAGCGGCUCCGAGCCAGAUCCGGACAGUCCAGACUCGGCUGUUAAACUCGAACCGAACCUCGACUCAUCCUCUCAGACUUCUCCAUCUGUGACGAGCCCAAUGAGCGAGAGCAGCCUAUCUAGCCUCUACUCCCCCACUACUCCCACCAUCAAUGGCACUCACAGCAGCCCUGGGAAUUCCACAGGAAAAGCAUGUAUAGCCAGAGUGCCAUCUGGGAAAAAGAAAACUCCUUUCUCCAUGGAAGCAAGUCCUCAAGGUGUCCAACCGGAUGUGAGCGUCAGUGUUGUUGGUCAGAAAGUAUCUUAUUCGAACGGAGCAGCAGCGGAAGACAAGCAGCGAGACGUACCUUCGCCUCCCCACACGAGACCUUCAGGCCGUGAGCCGCUCAGAGCUUUGCGGCCCGCUAGAGGAUCGCAGAUAUACAGCACGAAGGCCUCCUCGGUCAGCGACAUGUCUGAAGGAGUAGUUGGGAAAGGAGUUUUUGUCUCCACAGUUCUUCCAAGCCGUUCUGAUGUUGCAGCAUGUCCUGAGCGGGAGGAGUCCUUAAAAAAAGGCCCAUGGGAGCCACCAGCUGGUGUGUAUGGCCAUGCUGUAUCGGGAAGUCAUGCAGAAUCCGAUGACGGCGCUGAACCCGAUGAAGCAAUGGUUACUGAAUCUUAUGCUCAAGAGCGGGUGAAACUGUCCAAUUACACAAGGGAUAAGAUGCGGCAACAUCGGUUAGAACAUCCGGAAUCCCAGCCUUCGCCGCGAAUGAGACAGAGCCUUAGACGUGUAACAGCUGAGGCAGAUGAAGCAGCGUCUCUGAAAGCUGAGUUGCAGUUGAACGGCAGUGUUCUACCCUCCACUAAGCUUGAAAGCCUCACCAGGGAAUCGCCCUCCAGCCCUAGAAAUGCACAGGGGUCCCAUAAUCAACAAAACUGUAUCAGUCCACAUUAUCAGCCUAGCCCCCCUACAGGCCUCCCGAGUAGACACACCCUUCCACGGCCGAGACGAGCUCCCAGUCUGACCAGAACGCAACCCAACGGCUCUGAUGAAAUCGUGCCCGUUACCCCAAAGAAGGAUCCCAACGAGCAGAUGGAGUUGCGGCCGUUCUCCAGACCAGAGCUAGCUCUUUCUCAGAGCUUCAGACUGCUCAGCUCGGAUGAAUGGGAGAAGAAAAUCGAAGGGCUCAAGUCCCUGCGCUGUUUGGCCCGCUAUCACUCUGAUGUGCUGAGUAGUAGGGUUCAUGAGGUCUGCCUCGCCCUGAUUCAAGAGGUUCGGAACCUGCGUUCCGGAGUGUCCCGCAUUGCCGUGGUGACUUUAGGAGAGCUCUACGCCAGCCUACAGAAGGGAAUGGACCAGGAACUGGAAGCAACAGCCAAAGUUCUGCUGCUUAAAGCAGGAGAGUUAAAUGUGUUCAUCAGACAGGACGUGGAUGCAGCACUGGACAGCAUGGUGCAGAACUGCACACCUAUACGCAGCAUGAAUGCCCUGCUCACCGGAGGAAUCAGUCACUUGAGCGCUGUCAUAAGGAAGUGCACCGCUCAGCACUUGGCUACUCUGGUUGAGAAGAUUGGCAGCGGACGCUUACUAUCUGGAACUAAAGAUCUCACUGACCGAAUCCUACCUGCCGUCUCCAAGCUGGCACAAGACUCUUCUCAAGAAACCAGAUAUUUCGGCCGACAAAUGCUUCUGUUCUUGUCGUCUCACCGCGACUUUGAUAAAAUAAUGGAAAAGUACAUCCCUGCCAAAGACCUGGCAACCGUCAGGGACAUUGUCGUCACGCUGAAGACCAAGGGACUGGGCGAGAUGCCUCAGGACGCUCCUUCGGCUCGAGGCAGGCGCUCCUUAUCUGGCAGCAGACUGGUGCGUGCCUCUUCUCUGACUCGCGAACCUCAGAUCUCCAGCAGCAAAGACAACAGUAAAGCUCAAUUCCACAGCAUUGCAGACAAGACGGAGUAUGUCAAGCAGCUCAAAGCCCUGCUGGCUUCUAAAGACUUCCGCGAACGCAUCAAGGGCAUCGACCAGCUGGUUUCUGACUGCGAAGGCAACCAAUGCAUGGUCACGCGGAACAUGUUCCCGGUGUUCGACGCUUUCAAAGAAAGGCUGCAGGAGUCAAACAGCAAAGUGAAUCUUUAUGCGCUGGAGGCCUUACGAAAGAUCAUCAGGUUGCUGAAGGACAACUUGGCUCAAGUGGUGUAUAUCCUCGUCCCCGCCGUGGUGGACAACCACCUGAACUCAAAGAAUGACGCCAUCUACGCGGCCGCAGUGGCUGCCAUACACGCUCUGAUGGACAACCUGGACAACACUUUACUCCUUCAGCCGUUCUGCACAAAGGCGCAGUUUCUCAGCGGGAAGGCUAAACUGGACCUUGUUGAGAGAGUUGCAGAGCUGGUCCGAGAGCUGUACCCCCGCAAACCCCAGCUGGUCGAGCAGAAAGCACUCCCCUUGCUGUGGCACCUCCUGGGUUCCUCCUGCAAGAGCGGCACGGUCCACGGCAGGAGCGGCACCAUGAGAGGGGUCACCACCGAAUUGUGCCAAGCGCUCCACACUUACAUGGGCCCCUCGCUGCUCAACCACGCAGCUGCACAACCUUCUAACAUCCUCAAGAGCCUGAAUGAGAUCCUGCAGACCCUCACGGCCCUCUGAGAUACGAAAACCUUUCAAACACCCCCACCCCCCCAGACAGACUACUUGAAAAUAUGUUCUCACAGUGCCUGCACUUUAAACAGAUACUAGAAUCACUUUGAAUGAGCAACAGAACUCGGAGUCUUUUUAAAAAAAAAAAAAAAAAAAAAGUCCCGAAUUAAAGGAACGUAGUUUAAGCUGAUCGCGUAUCAGGUUUAAGAUUCCCAGAGCGCUGCUCUUUUGGCACUUUCGCAUUAAACGCUAUCAUGAUAACGUGGUCACUUUAGGUAGAUUUAUAUUGUAAUGCGUGCUCGUUGCUGUUACUUUUCCUCAUUACGAGUUUUAUACAAAAUGCCGACACUUUGUAGGCGACAAUGCAGAACGUCCGAUUUGCGUCAUGUGACUUUUUGUUUCUUUCUAAACGGUCGUUUUAAAACUUGCGCAUUUCUGAUUUACAAACACUUUUUUUUCUCCCAGAGCUCGGAAGUGGAAUGACACAGUAUUAGCUUCAUGUAUGCUUUAUAUGAUUGCAGUAUGUUGUGUGUGUGUAGAUGCAAAACUUUAUAAUGACUUAUUAACUGAGAAGCUGGACCUGUUCUACAUGCAUGACCAAAUAUAGAAGUGGUGUGAAAAUCAUUUCCAGUACAAAAACAUAUAUUUUGAUGUAUACAGAAAUGAACUUUGGAUGUAAGCAGCUGUAUUUUUGGUAAACAAGCAAAAGAAGAGUAAUUUGUUGAAAAGCUAAUAGAUAUAUAUUUCUAUUCUACACAUGAAUUUAUGCCCAGGUCUGUAAUUCAGUCUAGUGCCAGUCUUGAAAAUUUUUUUUUGGAGAUCUGAUGUUAAUUUAUAUUGAACAUGUUUCUCUAUAUGGUGUAUGACAAAGAUAUAUGUAUAUAUAAAAUAAAAUUAUUUCAGUAAAACAA